AUGCGCAAACCAGCACAGGCCUUUAUCCGCAAGGCCACCAAGGACGCUGGCGACAUCGCCGGUCUGAACGUGCCGCGCACCUUCAGCGAGUCGACGAUUGCUGUUAUUGCCUACGGCCAGGACAAGAAGGAUGGCGAGAGCAAAGUGCUGGUCUUCGACCUGAGUGGCAGAACCUUUAAUGAGUCGCUGCUGCCCAUUGAAGCGGGCAUCUUUGAGGUUAAGGCCACUGACCGUAACACGCACCUGGGUGACGAGGACUUCGACAAAACUGGUGGAGCACUUCGCGAAAGAGUUAAAGCGCCGCAAGCCUACAUUGAGGUCGACUCUCUGUUUGUCGGGAUCGACUUUAACUUAACCAUCAUGUUUACCCAUUUCGAAGCCAUGUGCGGCUACUACUUCCGCAAGACAAUGGAUCCGGUGGAGAGCUUCGCGACGCCAAGCUGCUCAAGCGCCAGGUGCACGAGGUCGCCUGCUGUCGGACUUCUUCAACAGGAAGGAGUCCAUCAAGUUGAUCAAAUCGACGGGGCUGUGACCUAUGGCGCCACCGUACAGGCUGCCAUUCUGAGCCGCAACGACUCGUCGGAGAAGCCGUAG